CCGUUCCCUUGCUACAAGCCAUCUUUAGCUUUCUCUCUUUUGUUUCUUUUUCUUUCUUUCAUUAUUAGGUUGAUUAGGUUGUAGUGAAUAAGAAGUAGGAAAUGGCCAUCGAACAGUACAAAGAUCUCGAGAAUGGCUGUGUCGGGGGUGAGGAUGAUCUGCAGAAGCCUCUCCUCGUUCCUCAGCAGGAGGAGGGCAAGAAGGUUGUGAGCGAUGAAGACAGUGACGGUGAUGAGAACAAUGGGAACAUUGCAAUGGUCCUCCUCAGCACAUUCGUCGCGGUCUGUGGCUCGUUCGAGUUCGGCUCAUGCGUUGGAUACUCUGCUCCCACUCAAUCUGCAAUCAGGGAAGAUCUAGGCCUCACUAUUGCUCAGUACUCGAUGUUCGGUUCGAUACUGACGAUUGGUGCAAUGCUUGGUGCUGUCACUAGUGGCCGGAUUGCAGAUUUUGUUGGUCGAAAAGGGGCGAUGAGGUUAUCAGCGACUUUCUGCAUUGCUGGGUGGCUAGCAGUCUAUUUCGCCAGUGGAGCUCUGUCACUGGACAUUGGAAGGUUCUCCACAGGAUAUGGAAUUGGAGUUUUCUCUUACGUGGUUCCCAUAUUUAUUGCUGAAAUCGCACCGAAAAAUCUCCGAGGAGGGCUCACUACAUUAAAUCAGCUCAUGAUUGUCUGUGGCGCUUCACUUGCAUUCUUGAUUGGAACCGUCAUAAAUUGGAGAGCACUGGCCCUUACAGGAAUCGUUCCCUGCAUUGUCCUGCUCGCGGGUUUAAUCUUCGUGCCCGAGUCCCCGAGAUGGCUCGCGAAAGUCAGUCGAGAGAAAGAGUUCAGAUUGGCAUUACAGACACUUCGUGGCAAGGAUGCUGAUAUUUCUCAUGAAGCCGCUGAAAUCGAAGUUUAUAUCGAGACCCUGCAAAGUCUACCAAAAGCUAGGCUGCUUGAUAUGUUUCAAAGCAAGCACAUCCGAUCGGUCACUAUUGGUGUUGGACUGAUGGUGUUUCAACAAUUUGGAGGAGUUAACGGGAUUGGUUUCUAUGCGAGCCAAACCUUUGCUUCAGCGGGUACGUCUGCAGAAAAAAUUGGAACGAUUGCUUAUGCUUGUGUUCAGGUUCCAAUAACAGUUUUGGGAGCAGCUCUGAUGGAUAAAUCGGGGCGAAGGCCCCUCUUAAUGGUUUCUGCGUUUGGGACAUUCUUGGGCUCAUUCCUGACUGGAUUCUCAUUCUUUAUGAAGGCCAAUGAUCUGUUCACCGAAUUCGUUCCACUACUCACAGUCGCUGGAGUUCUGAUCUUUAUAUCGGCAUUUUCGAUCGGGAUGGGAGCAGUCCCGUGGGUGAUAAUGUCCGAGAUAUUCCCGAUAGACAUAAAGGGAGUCGCCGGGAGCUUGGUGGUGCUGGUGAACUGGUUAGGAGCCUGGGCUGUUUCCUACACAUUCAACUUCCUCAUGAGCUGGAGUUCCUCCGGAACGUUCUUUGUCUACUCAGGAAUCUCAUUGCUGACAAUACUGUUCGUGGUGAAGGUUGUCCCAGAAACGAAGGGCAAGACACUGGAGGAGAUUCAGGCUUGCAUCAAUAAUAAGUCGGAGAGGAGAGGGCUAAUACCGACAUUGAAAUGAACAUUUUUUUCAUUGUUCGAACAAAAUUAAGGUUGCCACUUUAGUCUUCCAGAUUGUCAGAUCAUCCAUGGGAUUGCUUAGAGUCGAUCAUCUAUGGAGCUAAAUCACUGAAAUGCAACACCCGGCAUGCAGAUCUUACAGCUACAGUCAGUUGUUUCCGGUCCUAAGCAACCGUUGCAGCCUGAGGACCCCGCAGGAAGAAGUCGGGUUUCGGGAAGUGGAUUGUAUACGGUACUGUGAUGAAGAAGAUGCAGAAUGUAUUGGUCAUCGUUGGAUUCCAAAUUUUCAUUAGAAUUUAUGUAACAGAAAUAUGUUGUCGUGCAAAAUAACAUAUGAGUCAUCAUUCGUUUACUGAAAAAUUAUCCAAUUCAAAAUAAUUAUUUCCCUUUUGGCCA